AUGGUGAACAAUGUGAAGGCCGUGCAGCGGCUGACCGGGCGGAUAGCGGCCUUAGGCCGGUUCAUAUCAAGAUCGUCAGAUCGGAGUCAUCAUUUCUCCUCCUUGCUCAAAAAGAAAAUCAGCUUUGAGUGGACUCCGGAAUGCCAACACGCUUUAGAAGAGUUAAAGCGAUAUCUCUCGAGCCCGCCUUUGCUCCACACCCCGAAAGAGGAUGAAACGUUAUACUUAUAUUUGGCCGUAUCCGAAGUAAUAGUAAGUGGUGUGUUGGUUUGGGAAGAACAAGGUGCUCAAUUCCUUGUUUAUUACGUGAGUCAGACUCUGGGAGACGCAGAAACCAGGCAUUCUAUAAAAACUCCAAAAUUCACUAACAACGAGGCCGAGUAUGAGGCUAUAAUUGUAGGUCUCGAGUUGGCCAAGAGCCUAGGAGAAGAAAUCGUCGAAGCAAAAUGCGACUCCCUCCUGGUCAUAUUGCAUCGCUUCAAAGAAUGGACUCUGGUCCAUAUUUCUCGAGAACAGAACAGUGAGGCCGAUUCGCUCGCGAACUUGGGGUCCUCUGUCGAAGAAGAUGACAUACUCCCAGGGGCCGUUGUCCGGCUAUCCAAGUUGGUGAUUGAAGAAGGACACGCCGAGGUUAACUCAACAAGUCUAACAUGGGAUUGGAGGAACAAAUACAUUGACUAUUUGAAGAACGGGAAGCUACCCACAGAUCCAAAGGAGUCGAGGGCCCUCCGAGCCAAAGCAGCUCGAUUUUCACUCCACGAGAGUGGAACGCUAUAUAGAAGGACCUUCGACGGACCUCUAGCUGUAUGCUUGGGACCUGGGGACACCGAUUACGUACUUUGA